AUGCCACCUUACGUGGCAUCGGCAGCAGUCACUAUUGCAGCGAAAUACAUUUUCUUCAUUUUAUUGUAAACAUUUGUGGAAAUAUUAACUUUUGUUAUGAUUCAAAUAUAUUUAACGACACAACAAUAAAAUAUGAAUCCCCAAUAUAUACAACAGCAGCAACAGGCACAACAACAACCAGGCUAUUAUCCUGGUCCUCCAACUUCAUCUCCCUAUGAGGAAUUAAAUUCUAAUCUUCCAUCAAAUGUUGUAAAGAGACCCCCAAUGAAUUCACAAGCAUAUACAUCUCAAAAACCAAUGCAAGGACCUCCUCUUACUAAUUUACAUCAACCUGCAGCCCCAUAUUAUAUGAAUCAUAUACAACCACAAGUAAAUACUCAAUAUGAAUUAUCAACAAAUAGCCCACAUAUGGUGUCACCUCUAACAAGUCAAAACAGUAUAGUUAAUCAAAUGACAAACAUGUCUUUGGGGGAUCAACAAAGACCAUUGUCUGGGCAAAACUAUCCACCACCACCAUUACCUGGCAAAAGUAGCCCAACAGUAUCUACACUAUCAAAUGUCAAUGGAUUUAACAGUGCAUUAGAUGCAACACCAUCAGGACCUAGUGGGCAAACUGAUCCUGGUGGACAAUCUGGACCAUCUAUUUCUGGACAGGAUAUUCAACAACAAACGACAACUUCAACAAAUAUUUCUACAGCUCACUCUGGUCUUCCAUUCUCUGGACAUUCUACAGGAACUACUUCUGGACAAUAUUACCCUGGACAAACUUUAUCAUCUGAACAUGGAUUCAAUGCAGGAUUAUCUUCACAGAGUCAAUCCGGUUUGGGAAAUGUUACUGAUACAUCUGCACAGUCAAAAUUUACCAGACCACCACCAACAGGACAAAAAUCUACUGUUUCACCAUUGCCAGGACAACAUAAUUUGUCUACUUUACCAUUACAAGGACAGCAGAAUCUGUCUAAUUUACCAUUACAAGGACAGCAGAAUCUGACUAAUUUACCAUUACAAGGACAGCAGAAUUUGUCUAAUUUACCAUUACAAGGACAGCAGAAUCUGUCUAAUUCACCAUUACAAGGACAACAGAAUGUGUCAAAUUCGCCUUUACCUGGACAACAAAGUCUUUCUAGUUCAUUAAUGCCAGGACAACCACAUAUAUCCGGGCCCCAGAUGUCUAAGCAAAAUUUACCAGGUCCACCCUUACAAGGACAGUCAAAUAUAUCUGGUCCUCCACUUCCAAGACCACCUUUACAGGGACAACAGUAUCCUCCACUACAGGGACAGCAGAAACCUGGACAUUCCUAUCCAGAAUCAACAAAUAUGGCUGCAUCUAAUUUGCAUUGUCAAUCAAAUCUAUCUGGUCCUCCAUUAAUGGGUCAACAAAAUAUACCUCCACCUCCAAUGCCUGGUCAACAAAACGUUAAUGUACCUCCAACAACAAAUCAACAGAGUUUUAAUAGACCACCGUUAGUAGGACAACAAAAUGUAUCUGGUCAGCAAGUACACCCUCCAUUACCUGGUCAACCUGUAGGACAAAUGAUAAAUUCAGCCAUGAAUGUAGCACAAUCGGGCCAGAAACAGUACACGACUGGACCUCCGAUGCAGAGACAAAAUAUGGGAAAUCCAUUAGUGGUUAAUCGUAAUCCACCCGGUACGAUGCCUAACUACCAACAAGCAGGAUAUCAAGGCUAUAAUAAUGACAUGUACAAUACUCAAAGAGGUACAUAUCAAGGUGGACAACUUGGAGCACCAGCUGGAUAUCAACCUGGUAUUCAACCACAGCAAGCUAGACAUUUGGAUCCUGAACUGAUGCCAAGCCCAAUCCAAGUAAUGCAAGAAGACCAAUGUGUCAGAGGUGGCGUAUUUAUAACAAAUCAAAGAGGAUUGGUUCCACCAUUGGUAACUACCACAUUUGUAACCCAAGAUCAAGGAAAUGCAUCUCCCAGAUAUAUCAGAUCUACUAUGUACACUGUUCCUACCACAUCAGAUAUUAUAAAACAAACGCAUGUUCCGUUUGGUCUAAUAGUAAGUCCAAUGGCCCGUGUAGCGGAAGGCGAAUACGAACCGCCUAUUGUAGAUAUGGGGGAAAUUGGUCCAGUUCGUUGUGUACGGUGCAAAGCAUAUAUGAGUCCAUUUAUGCAAUUUAUUGACGCGGGUAGAAAGUUCCAGUGUAUGUUUUGUAAAGCGACAACAGAAGUACCAGCAGAGUACUUUCAACAUUUAGAUCAUACCAGCCAACGUAUGGAUCGUUACGAAAGACCAGAAUUAAUGCUAGGAACAUACGAAUAUAUUGCUACAAAAGAUUAUUGUAGAAACAAUACUUAUCCGAAACCACCAGCUAUUGUGUUCGUAAUCGAUGUAUCAUACAACACAGUUAAGUCUGGGUUAGUCAGUCUACUCUGUGCGGAAAUGAAAUCAAUUUUGCGGCACCUACCCGUUGACGCUGGUCAAAUGAAAACAAACAUGAAAGUGGGAUUUAUAACAUACAAUAAUACGGUACACUUUUACAACAUUAACUCCUGCCUUGCUCAACCACAAAUGAUGGUUGUGGGAGAUAUACAAGAUGUAUUUAUGCCACUUCUUGACGGAUUUUUAUGCGACAUUGAAGAAAGCGAAGCAGUUAUUGACAGUUUAAUGACACAAAUUCCAGCCAUGUUCGCAGAUACUCGCGAAACAGAAACAAUUCUUGCGCCUGCAAUACGAGCUGGAUUAGAAGCACUGACGACUUCAGACUGUGCUGGAAAAUUAAUGGUUUUCCACUCCUCUUUACCAAUUGCUGAAGCCCCCGGUAAAUUAAAAAAUCGUGAUGAUAGAGUUGUACUUGGAACGGAGAAAGAAAAAACCGUGUUAGCCCCACAAAAUAACGUUUACAAUAACUUAGGACAAGAAUGCGUAGGUGCUGGAUGUUCUGUAGAUCUGUUUAUUUUCAACAAUUCGUACGUGGACAUUGCAACAAUAGGCCAAAUUGCUAGACUAACCGGUGGAGAAGUUUAUAAAUAUACUUAUUUCCAGGCUGACGUAGAUGGCGAUCGUUUAAUUUCAGACGUUAUUAAUAACAUUAGUAGACCGAUUGCAUUUGAUGCUAUUAUGCGUGUACGUACAUCUACUGGUGUUCGAGCAACUGAUUUCUUCGGACAUUUCUUUAUGUCAAAUACAACAGAUAUGGAAUUAGCUAGUAUAGAUUGCAAUAAGGCUAUUGCUGUAGAAGUGAAGCACGAUGAUAAACUGACAGAUGAUGAAGGUGUAUAUAUUCAAGCAGCAUUGUUAUAUACUUCUUGCAGCGGAAUCAGAAGAUUGCGCAUCAUUAAUCUUAGUUUAAAAACUUCGUCUCAGAUAGCUGAAUUAUACCGAGUGUGUGACCUAGAUGCUAUUAUAAAUUACUUCUCUAAACUAAGUGUUUUCAAACUGAUCGAAUCAACUCCAAAAACUGUAAAGGAUAAUUUAGUCGCAAGAUGCGCAAAUAUGCUGGCUGCAUAUCGCAAACAUUGUGCUUCUCCAUCUAACGCUGGUCAAUUAAUAUUACCAGAGUGCAUGAAGCUACUUCCACUUUACAUCAACUCGUUAUUAAAAAGCGACGCAUUAUCUGGAGGUGCUGAUAUGACUAUUGAUAGUAGAUCUUUUGUUAUGCAAGCAGUUGCAACAAUGCCUAUCUCAAUAUCAGUUGUGUAUAUUUAUCCGAGAUUACUUUCUUUACACGAUAUCGAUCCACAAGAUACAGAGUUACCCCAAAUGUUACGCUGUUCUAUUGACAAAUUCGCCGAUGACGGCGCAUAUUUACUUGAAAACAGUAUCCAUAUGUUCCUUUGGCUAGGCCUGGCACUUUCUCCACAAUGGGUACAAGCAGUGUUCGGAGUUUUAUCGGUAGUUCAAGUCGACACAGAUUCUAAAGCACUGCCAGUAUUAGAUACUCAACUGAACAAACGGAUAACAGAGAUUAUUAAUCGCGUACGCAUGGAGAGACAUCGUUGCAUGAGGUUAACAAUAGUAAGACAGCGAGAAAAACUUGAAAUGGUAUUGCGUCGCUUUUUGGUUGAAGAUAGAGGACAUGACGGAAGUCCUAGUUACGUUGACUUCCUUUGCCAUAUGCACAAAGAAAUAAGAACACUUCUUAGCCAAUAAAUCUUAAAGCAAUCAGUUGCCUUCUGUUGGAAUCUUAGCUUGCUACGUGUCUGUGACUGUUGCCACGUUAUUUCAAAGAUCGGAUAGAUUAUCAAAUGAAAUUCAUUCGAAGCUCAAUGGGAAUCAUAAAUGCAUUCGUGUGCACUUUAAAAGAAAAAAAAGAAGGAAAGAAAGAAAGAAUGUAAAGUAAAA